AAGGUAACGCCUCGUACUUUCUUAUUUCUUUAAACGGAUAUGGUGGGAGUCUUGAGAAGAGAACGAUGACCUUUGCAUAAGAAAGUGGGACCUGGCGGAAAGAUUUGUCUUAUUACUCGAGAAAAAAUAAAAUUUGACUAUCAAUUAAUUGCAUAAAUAUUAUUGGAUAUCUGUCAAAAAUUUGAAUGUUAAUAAAAUAACCUUACUUGGAUCUAAAAAUUAAUCGUCUUAACGAAAACAGAAGGAUAGAAAUGAUUAAUAGUCAAGAAGAAUUACAAUCUAUUUUUAAUACGAUGAAAGUAUUUAUGACUUUUGAUUUUAUACGAAAAUUACUACGAUGUAUUACAUUUUAUAUAGGAAACUGUAUAGACAGAGUCGUACAUUAUCAAAAAGAUGUAAUAAUAAGACGAUUAAAAAGAAGAAAAAAACGACUUUUUGAAGGUUGUAAUUAUAGAGGCAAAAAUAUUAAAUGUAAAUGUAAUUGUAACAGAUGCACUAAAUACAGAAAUAUCUGUAGCCGUGUUUUAGAAACUGACUUUAUGACAAACAUUUGCGAUAAUCGACCAACUAAAAAUGAAAUUUGUACAGAUAAGGAUCAAGUUCGUCCAUGGACAUUGGAGCAGACACAACCACAGGAUCACAGAGAUGUGUAUUUUAUCAUUUACUUUUCAUACUUGUUCUUUACAUGGAUCGCCUGUUUGACAGCAAAAUUUAUUUUUCACAUAAACUGGACAGCAUCCAGCAGUAGUUACAAAUGUUUUUUGCUAAAUGUUCCAAUAAAACUUUAAAACCCAUAAUCCUUUAAUGAUAAAUUUCAUUAGAAAUUCAAUUUUUUGCAUUAAGUUUGAUAAUGAGCGUUCAAAUUAACUUUAUCAAUUAAAAAGAUAACGAUCAACGAAAUACGGUGACGAUAUUUGAAGGAAAGCUCUCGAUCUUAUGGACGGCUGGGCAUGGUGGACGAAAAUGCAGUAAAGUACAAUGCGCAUGCCGUUGCUGCAACAUGACACAACAAUCCCAACCAAAUCCGUAUGUUCAUCGGCAAAUUCUUGUUUCUAUUUCGAAUCUUGUAAUUCGUUGACUAAAUUAAAUGAAGAAUUGGAUGAAAUGCAAACUGAUAAUUCUACAAUUACUGAAGUUAUCAGCAAGUACGAAUUAUAUUUUUUGAGUAUUUUUUAUUAAAUUUUAAACUUGCCAAUUUACGAGAAGGAUGAUAUGAAAUGAAUCGAUUUCCAUUGAUCCUGAUAUCAGUAUUUUUUUUUUUUAACAGGCUUUCAAAGCAUACAAAAGUAGACAAAUGUUCACAGUCACCUUAUGAGGUUUCUAAAUCGGAUUCCAAGAUUGAAUUUGGCCGAGAUAAGAACUAAGUGUGUGUAUGUGUGUAUGUGUGUGUGUGUGAUGAUUCAGAUUUAAAGAAUGUCAUUAUAUGCAGUAUAAAAUCUGUUAUUGUUUGUUCUUUAAAAAAAAAUAUAUAUAUAUAUAUUAUAAUAUAUAUAUUAUAGAUUAAUAAAUUAAUAUAGGCAUUAUAAAUAAUGAAGGACAAAAUCGGGCACUGUAAUAAAUUUCAGUGUUAGGGUUGCAUCUUUUUAGAUCGUUUUUUCUAAUCAAUAUUUAUAAAAUUAUGAUUUUAAUCUUUAAUCAUAAUGCUGAUAUUAAUCACAUUGUUAAUCUAGGAAAUAUAUAUAGAUUACCCGAUAUCAUGAAAGUGCAGUGGCAUGUAGUGGCUCUCAAAUAUCGGGCAGUUAUUUUCGGUAUCCACGUGCUUUGGAUAUCGGAGCACAGAUCGAAAACGAAAGCCAAAAAUAAUGAAUCAUCGUCAAAAACUACAAUUCUUUGACUGAAAUUAAAAUUCUAUCAUAUGCCAAUGUAUAGAAAGAACUAUAGAAAAUAUUUAUCAUUCAUUUCGAUUUGUUUAGAAGGAAUAUUAUAUUUCUUUUUAAAUAAAUCUAAAACCGUAAUGCGUGACGCAAUACAGGACGGACAGUUCUUUUUUUCAUCUUGGCAUUUCCAAUCCGUAAAUAAAAACUAAAAAUGACUUCAGUUGAAAAGUUCUAGAUUACGUAUGAUCAAACAAAAGUACAAAGAAGAGCUAUUGCAUACGCACCAGAGAAAAAUACGAGAAUUUUACGUGAGAACCAAAAUAAACCUAUAAGACGAUCGACAAUAUGGAGUCGCAAGAUAUUACUAAUGGCGGAUGUGCGGAAAGACAAAGAGAGGAAGCCAAGUUUCUUCCUGAUCGACGUAUAAACGUAGCAGAUCGUUUCAAUCGUAUACGAGGGGUAAUGGAAUCAUCCGUUAUCUUUGUUCGUUUCCAGGGGCACCCUUGACUUAUAUUUUCGUUCUGAAAAGCGGAUCCCGAUAGCGCGAAAGAACAGGGCGGUAGACAGGCACCAGUCGCGCCGCCGUUCCUACGGUCCUCGGCAAACUGUUUUAGUCGAAACGUCGAAAGGUUCGCUAUUUUGAGGUGGCUCGCACUAAAUAUGGUCAGAUAGGCGUUGGCGUUGUACCCGGGCUGGGCACCCCUGUUUGAGCAGAACACGAUGGUGGGGGAAUCCACCAAAGUUACUUAGACAAGUUCACCUCUAUGAUUCGGACAGUUGGUUAGUUGUGACCAUCUCGUACAAUCCUCUUAGAAACCAACUGUAGAUAUGGUAAG